AUGUGGAAGCUCGCAGGCCAUACGCUGGGCUACGUAAGUGGCGCUCACGUGAACCCGGCAGUGACUGUGGGCCUGGUGGUGGGCGGCUUCCUGGGCCCGCUGAAGGCUCUGCUGUACGUGACGGCGCAGUGCGUGGGCGCCACCGCUGGCUCAUUCGUGCUCCAGGCCCUGACACCCAACGAGACGGUCGCAACACUAGGCGUUAAUGCCUUGAAUCGGCACGUGACGCCGACGCAGGGCUGCUUCGUGGAGAUGGUCAUAUCAUUCGUGCUCGUGAUGGCCGUGUACAGCGCUGCCACAGGGGGGGCGGCGGCGGCGGCAGCAGGACCCUUCACUGUCGGCAUGUCUAUAACAGCCUGCCACUUGUUCGCGGCGCUGACACCAGAGGAGUCUGAGUCGACAUUAGGUGUGACGACAGUCAGCCCACAUUUGACGCUGACGCAGGCGGUCUUCGUGGAGGCUUUCAUAACAUUCUUCUUGAUGAUGACGGUGUUUGGCGCCAGGUCUGCCAGAGGCAGUGCUGGAUUUGCCAUUGGCUUAUCCAUCACGACAUGCCACCUGUUCGCGGGACAACCCUACAAAGGAAAUGGAAGAGCUUACAGGCCAGUUACACCAGAAAGUAAUUAA